GUUCCUACCAUCUGUUUUCUUCUUACAUCCUGCUCUCCUUCCGUUGGUAGAGGAAUCCAGCUUCUCCUGGUGCGCUCAAGUCAUUCACAUUUCUUUCGUGCCUUAUAAUAAGAUCUCGUAAACUAUAGGAAUUCUGAUGUGCUUCACUGCAUGAACGCUAACAAAUGAGCUGCUUCGGGGAGAUCUGGAGUGCUCAGCCGGAAUACCACCAUGGGAUCUACCGCUACAGAAAUUGAAGAACUGGAAAGCACCACUUUUAAGUAUUUGAUAGGAGAACAGACUGAGAAAAUGUGGCAGCGCCUGAAAGGGAUACUACGAUGCCUUGUGAAGCAGCUGGAAAAAGGUGAUGUGAAUGUUGUAGACUUGAAGAAGAAUAUUGAAUAUGCGGCAUCUGUGUUGGAAGCAGUUUAUAUCGAUGAAACAAGAAGACUGCUGGAUACUGACGAUGAGCUCAAUGACAUUCAGUCAGAUUCAGUGCCAGCGGAGGUCCGGGACUGGUUGGCUUCUACCUUCACGAGGAAAAUGGGGAUGAUGAAAAAGAAAUCUGAGGAUAAGCCAAAGUUUCGGAGCAUUGUGCAUGCAGUCCAAGCUGGAAUUUUUGUGGAAAGGAUGUACAGAAAGUCGUAUCAUAUGGUUGGCUUGGCAUAUCCAGAAGCUGUCAUAGUAACAUUGAAGGUGAAAUCAUUUCAAUUAUUUUAGUUCUUUAAAUAGUCA